CAGGGGUCAGGGCUGACUGUUUCCGGGUUCCCUAUGAGCGGCCACAGCUGAGUGCUCGUUAUGACGGGGGCGCGGCUCGGAGGGCGCCGGUGCUGAGGCGGCGCGGCUGCCUGCCUGCCUGCCUGGGCAGUAUGUCACAAUGAACUCUUCAUUAUCUGGGCCUACAGCAGUAGCUGAUGUGAUUAAAGAUCUAGACUCUCAGAUAGCAGUAAACCUAAGAGGUGCAUGGCACCCUGAUCCCCGGCAUUCCAAUCCUGAGGCCCAUGGCAAUCAGGUUUUAAGCAAGAAGAAACUACAGGACCUGGUGCGAGAAAUUGAUCCAAAUGAGCAACUUGAUGAAGAUGUUGAAGAGAUGCUUUUGCAAAUUGCUGAUGAUUUUAUUGAAAGCGUAGUGAGUGCCGCAUGUCAACUAGCACGUCACCGCAAGUCAAACACACUGGAAGUAAAGGAUGUUCAGCUGCAUCUUGAACGCCAGUGGAACAUGUGGAUACCUGGUUUUGGUUCAGAUGAAAUUAGGCCAUAUAAGAAGGCCUGCACAACAGAAGCUCAUAAACAGAGAAUGGCACUGAUACGUAAAACAACCAAAAAGUAAAGCAUGGCUGAACAGACCAUUUCUACGACAAAGUUAUGAAUGUUACAAAACAUUCUCAGGCUUAUCCUCCAUUUCUGUUGAGGAACCUGUGAUGGGUGACACAGUGUGUUCGGUUUUUUGUGAAAGUGAACUGAGAUAGCUUUGUAUUGGUACCAACAUACUGUACCAAAAAUGUUCAGUACUUGAUGAUCCCUCCUGAAAACACAAUACAAGGACUUGUACAAAGUGGAUGGUGUGUGUAUGGAGCAGUGAUGUUUCUUUGUUGAUUAAUGGUAGCGUGUUAAAUUGGGACUUUCAUUUGGUGGAGUGUUAAGUAGUUGGUUUUCGUAUCUUUGUAUAGAGGUAAUAAUGACCGUUUUUGCCAAUAAAAGUAUUACUCAACUUGAA